AUGGACACGGAAAAUAUAUAUGCUUAUGAGGCCAGUCUGCCAACUUCGGGCGUGAAGAUGAUACUUGAAGGAUCAGUUAGCAUUAACGGCCCGGAGUUGGAGAGCAUGCUUUCUUUUAGAUCUCCUACAGCAGAUAAUAGAGACUUGGAGAAGAGCUUGUAUUCACCAGUGAUGGAGCCAGAGAGUCAAAGAGAUCAAGCUGCACUCAAGUUGCAGAAAGUUUACAAAAGUUUCAGGACAAGGAGGCAACUUGCAGAUUGUGCAGUUCUUGCAGAGCAGAGAUGGUGGAAGGCUUUGGAUUUCGCCGAACUGAAGCGCAGUUCUAUUUCAUUUUUUGACAUUGAGAAACCAGAGACGGCCAUGUCACGUUGGUCGAGGGCAAGAAAGAGAGCUGCCAAGGUUGGAAAGGGUCUAUCUAAGGAUAGGAAGGCUCGGAAACUUGCUUUGCAGCACUGGCUAGAGGCAAUUGAUCCCCGACAUCGCUAUGGCCAUAACCUUCAAUUUUAUUAUGUCAAUUGGCUCCACUGUGAUAGCAAUCAGCCUUUCUUCUAUUGGCUUGAUAUUGGGGAAGGAAAGGAAUUCAGUUCAGAGAGAUGUCCUAGAUCAAGGCUUCAGCAGCAAUGCAUCAAGUAUCUGGGUCCAGUGGAAAGAAAGGCUUAUGAAAUAAUUAUUGAGAAUGGGAGGCUCUUCUACAGGGAGAGUGAAAAACCAGUUGAAACAACUGGAGAUGCAAAGUGGAUUUUUGUACUUAGUACAUCCAAGACAUUAUAUGUUGGGCAGAAGAACAAGGGCACAUUUCAACACUCAAGUUUCCUGGCAGGAGGAGCCACAUUGUCUGCUGGUAGAUUAGUGGUGGAAGAUGGAGUUCUUAAGGCAGUUUGGCCUCACAGUGGGCAUUAUCUCCCAACAGAAGAAAAUUUUGAGGAAUUCAUGUCAUUCCUUGGAGAGAAUAGUGUGGAUCUUACAGAUGUAAAGAAAAACCCUGAUGAAGAAGAAGACAUAGCCAAAAUGAACCAAGAUCUUCUCCUCCUAGGCAAUCCUUCAGAGGCCAAUAAUCCUCCAAGCGAUGAAACUGAAAGUUCUGACACACUAGCUGCACAGCCACCUGACUUGAAUGAGGAUUCUAAUGCCAAUUCAAACUCUCAACCACCCACGUCAAGAUUGUCGGAACGACUAGGAUCAAGAGUACCUAGACUUGACAUACCAAAGAGAGUCACGCUGUUGGACAUAUUUAGAGAAAAAGUAACUGCUCCAACUACUGAAUUUUAUUCUCCAUAUGCAAUAUCAGAUAGUGGUUAUGAGACAGCAGAAGAAUCAUUUAUUGAUGAGGAGGAGUUCAUGGUUUCCAAAUCAAACUUGUUUGUUAAGGAUCAAGAUGAAGAAAAUGAAAAUCCUAUUCCAAAGGAGAAAAUAAUGAAGAGGAUAAAUUCUCACAAAGGAAGGAAAUCAUAUCAAUUGGCCAAUCACUUGUCUACCAAAUGGACAACAGGUGCUGGUCCUCGUAUUGGUUGCAUGAGAGACUACCCUCCAGAGCUUCAGUUUUUUAUUCUGGAGCAGCAAAAUUUGUCUCCAAGGGCAAGAACUGCAGCUCCAUCACCCGGGAUACCAUCACUGUCGCGCUUCAGUCCACAUGUUGCAUUUCCACCUCCUUUACCUGAUCCUCAAAAUGCCUGA